AUGGUGGUGCUGGUGCUGGUGCUGAUGCUGCUGCGCUGCCAGGUGCGCCUGCGCCUGCGCGAGAAGCUGCGCCUGCGCGAGCGCCUGCUGCUGGUGCUGCUGGUGCUGCUGCUGCACCUGCUGCGGCUGCGGCCAGCCGCCCCCGCCGAGAAGCUGCGCUGGCUGCUGAUGCAGCUGCUGUUGCUGCUGCUGCUGUUGCAGCAUCGCCGCCCACGCCGCCUGCUGCGUGUCCGCCUGGGCUGCGCCCGCAAGCACCAUUCCCGCGCCGCUGCCACUGCCGCUACCGCUCCCGCCACCGCCCAGCACCGGGAGCAACGAGUCAUCGAAGCUGACCGGCGCCUGCGGUUGGAAACCCCCCGCCGCGAGCCCCACCGCACCCGCAUGGUGGCCGCCCCACAGUGA